AUGAAAGUAUUUCUGGGGGGAAUAAGAAUUCUGAGAAACUGUUCUAUCACCCUGGUUCAUAGUUUCUCUCUUUCCUUAUACAGUCUUUGUCAUUUUUCUAUUCCUUAUUCUAUCAUUCCUUCUUUCCCUUUAGGUUCUAUCACCCUGGUUCAUAGUUUCUCUCUUUCCUUAUACAGUCUUUGUCAUUUUUCUAUUCCUUAUUCUAUCAUUCCUUCUUUCCCUUUAGGUUCUAUCACCCUGGUUCAUAGUUUCUCUCUUUCCUUAUACAGUCUUUGUCAUUUUUCUAUUCCUUAUUCUAUCAUUCCUUCUUUCCCUUUAGGUUCUAUCACCCUGGUUCAUAGUUUCUCUCUUUCCUUAUACAGUUCUAUCACCCUGGUUCAUAGUUUCUCUCUUUCCUUAUACAGUCUUUGUCAUUUUUCUAUUCCUUAUUCUAUCAUUCCUUCUUUCCCUUUACAGUCUUUGCUAAUUAUUCCUUUAUUUUCUCAUUCUUCAUAUCAUUUUCACUGCAACUUGCCUUAUUCAUACAUUCCUUUAGAAUUUUUUACUUACAUAUUUUUUUCUGUCAUUAAAAACCCACUCUCUCAUUUUAUUAUUCCUUUGCUUUUUUUAAAAUUCUCCUUCCUCAUUCAUUCCUUAAUAUUCCCUUUACUCCACUAUCUCUUCUCUCUCUCUUUCUUGGAAUUGCUACAUUUGUCUAUAUUAACUGAUCUUAUUCUUACUGAUCUACAUAUCUUAUUACUUGUCAAUCCCUCAAUCAAUAUCUAUCUAUCUAUCUAUCUAUCUAUCUAUCUUGCUGAUAACCCAAGGGCAAGUAGAAAUGACAUUUUCGUGACUUUAUUUACAAUAUUUCUUUUUACUGCACUAUCUAUGCAUUUCCAUAUCUCUCUCUCAAUCUAUCUAUCUAUCUAUCUAUGCAUGUAUCUGUGUCACUUUAAUUCUAUAUAUAUAUCUAUCUAUCUAUCUAUCUAUCUAUCUAUCUAUAAUGGGUGCUUAUAA